AUGUCGUCAGAAACGCCCCAAACUCUCAGCUACACCAUGCACAACAACUCAGGUGCGGAAACGAUUGUCCUUAUCCACGGAGGUUUCAGCAGCAGUAAGGAGUGGGAGAAGGUGCUUCCAGCGUUAUCGGAAAAAUACCACAUCUUGAUCCCAGACCUCCCGGGUCACGGUGCCUCCUCGCACGUACCCUUCAGUGUCGAGCUAUCGGCAAAGUUAAUCCUGGAUCUGAUCAGCGCACUUGCCCACAAUGGUCGUGCGCAUGUAAUUGGCUUCAGUCUCGGUGCACACGUUGCUGCUUGUGUUGCAGAACUUGCUGCCCCAGGCCAGGUUUCUUCGCUCUUCGCUACUGGAUACAAUUCUUUUGCCCCACCUAAAUUUGUCAUUCCGAUCUUGACUGCCUUUGUUUAUGCUCUCAGUCACUUUCUGAUCGGUUUGACUGAUCCACGAGCUCAGUGGGAUGCCUGGGUAUCGGGAACUUGCUCAUUUGCACUUGCAGGUGCCGUUGUGCGCUCUUUGUGUGAUGGGCGUGAAUUGGGGAAGAUCCCCGUGAGGUCUUUGAUCAUCGCUGCUACAGGAGGAGUUCUUCUACCUAAAGAUAAGGUGGGCAGUGCGAGAGAACUGUUUGGAGUCGUUGUUGAUGGAUUGUAUGGAGGUAGUCGGGUAGUGCAAAAUCGUGGGGUGAAUCAUCCUUGGCAUGUCAGUUCCUCGAAGCUGUUUUCGGAGACGGCGUUGGCUUGGAUUGAGGAAAGAGAAUUGCCCAUCUCUUUUGAAGAUAUUGAGACCGCGAGCGUGAAGAUUUAG